AUGUCGCUGAUCCGUGUUGUAUCGCGGCGACUGCCACUCGCAAGGAAACUUGCGAUUGAGUCACCGCUCCGAUUUGCGUCAAGCUCGGCAACCGUUUCUCAAGAUGUGAAGGCUCAAGCUAAGCGGGGGGCAUCUCUGCCUAAUCCUGAUCCUGCUGUAGAUUCACCGACAAUCGCCCUUAUCCAAGAACGGACUCCCUAUAUGGUCCCUACCUAUGUUCGACCGGCUCCGAUGAUGGUGAAGGGACAAGGAUGCUAUCUGUGGGACAUAGAGAAUCGGCGGUAUCUGGAUCUCACAGCGGGAAUUGCUGUCAACUCUCUCGGUCACUGUGAUCCCGAGGUUUCGAAAAUCAUUGCCGAGCAGGCUGAUACCCUUAUCCAUGCCUCAAAUCUCUACCACAAUGCCUGGACUGGUGCUCUGAGCAAGCUCCUAGUUUCAGUCACCCGCGAGUCGGGUGCCAUGCGGGAUGCGUCUCAAGUGUUCAUCUCCAACUCCGGCACCGAAGCCAAUGAAGCGGCAAUUAAAUUCGCCCGCAAGGUUGGCCACUCCCUCGAUCCAUCGGGCGCAAAACAUGAAGUUGUCUCCUUCCACAAUUCUUUCCACGGUCGUACAAUGGGCGCUCUCUCUGCGACGCCUAACCCCAAGUACCAGGCCCCAUUCUCCCCUAUGCUGCCAGGAUUCAAGUAUGGGGACUACAAUAAUGUGGAGCAGUUGCAAAGCCUUAUCACAGAGAAGACAUGUGGUGUGAUCGUGGAGCCUAUUCAAGGAGAGGGUGGUGUAAAUGCCGCCACUCCAGAAUUCUUCACGGCCCUGCGAAAACGCUGCGAUGAAGUGGGCGCUAUCCUUGUCUUCGACGAAAUCCAAUGUGGUCUCUCUCGUACCGGUACUUUAUGGGCUCACGCACACCCAUCGUUGGCGCCUUCGUCUGGUGAAGCGGCGCACCCAGAUAUCCUAACUUCUGCAAAGGCACUUGGAAAUGGCAUUCCCAUUGGUGCCACAAUUGUCUCAGGAAAAACGGUGGCGCCGCACAUCAAAGCUGGAGAUCAUGGAACCACGUUUGGUGGCAAUCCCCUGGCCUGCCGCGUUGCGCACCACAUUGUGGAGCGACUGGCAUCGUCAGAGUUGCAAAAUGGCGUCGAAACAAAAUCGGCGCAGCUUGUCUCCGGACUGCAAGCGCUGCAGAAAAAGCAUAACAGUGUAAUCGCGGAGGUCCGCGGCCGUGGUUUGAUUCUUGGCCUUCAGCUGUCUCCUGACUUCACAGCCAAAGCAUCGGAAUUGAUCACUGCUGCACGGGAACGAGGCUUGUUGGUCAUCACAGCUGGCGAAGGAUGUAUCAGAUUUGUUCCCCCUUUGACUAUUAGCGAGGAUCAAAUCAAAACAGCCUUGAAUAUCCUGGAUCAAGCCUUAGACACAGUUGUGGCCAAGGUAUAG